AUGGACUACGUUUACAAGUCGUGCAACACCACCAUGUACCCUAGUCUAUGUUACACCUCCCUUUCUCCAUACGCCGAUUCCAUCCAAUCGGAACCUAAACUCUUAGCCAACGCAUCCCUUUUCGCCGCUCUCUCCGCCACCAAAUCCUCUUCCAAGUUCUUGAAAUGGCUCGCAAAGCGCAAAGAGCUCACGACUAGAGAGGCUCACUCAAUCGUAGACUGCAUCGAGGAGGUCGGUGACUCAAUUGAUGAACUUAAACAAUCCAUGCAUGAAAUUACUCGAGAUCUUGAGGUGGGAUCGUCGGCGUUCGAAUUCCAAAUGUCGGAUAUUCAAACAUGGGUGAGCGCUGCUUUGACAGAUGAUGAUACUUGUUUGGAUGGAUUGGAUGAAGUCAAAGUAAACCCUAGGACAAAAAACCUAGUUCGACAACAUAUGGUUAGGGUGGCUCAAUUGACUAGUAAUGCAUUGGCACUUGUCAAUAAUUAUGCCAAAUCUCGAGCUUAA